UUAAACGAAACAAGAGGUUAUGUUACAUUAGAAAUUAAUUCGUCUGUUUUAACUUCCACCGAAAAAAGCCGUUUAAGUAUCACGUUCAUUGCACGAUUGCGAUAUCGUGAUACGACAAGAAAUUCAGUAUCUUAAAGCUAUACAUAGAGAACGACUUUUCGACAUAACAUGAUAGCCGUAUUGACCAGGCGAGCGAAUGGAGGGGAUCACAUUCGAAAGUGUAUAACGCGCAUUCUGGAUCGCAGAGAUUUAUCUGCGGCUGUCUCGAGAAAAACCAAGAUGAGUAAGCUGUCUCCGGAAGAAAGAGAGCAGAACUUGAACCCGUUGCUAUCAACGGGAUGGACUGUCCAAGCAAACAGGGAUGCAAUUUACAAGGAAUUUGUGUUUAAAAACUUCAAUGAAGCCUUUGGAUUUAUGACAAGAGUAGCUUUACAGGCUGAAAAAAUGGACCACCAUCCUGAAUGGUUCAAUGUUUACAAUAAAGUAAAUAUUACUUUGUCAUCUCACGAUGUGAAUGGAUUGUCGCAGAGGGAUGUAAAACUGGCGACCUUCAUAGACAAGGUUGCUGCCCCUACUGGCGGCAAUUAAGUCUCAUUUGAUUCACCUGUUGAUCUGCUCUAUUGUACAUUUAUUAUAAAUGUAUUGACAUAAUGUACUGAGAUGUAUGAUAAUGAAAAAAAUAUUCUUUGUUAUUGAUUUGUAGUAUAAGUAUUAAUUAUAUCUGUUUUCGA